AUGGUGCUAAGACAGGCAAUGCUCACUGACAAUGUCGUCUACGAUGCCGGUAAAGCGCCUGGAAGUGUACCACGUCCACUGUCCGACUUUGGAAAUUAUCAUGCAUACAACGGACUCCGGACUAGGUUUCUGGUUAGAAAUCCAAAUAAAAAGCAGGACAGAUUACCUCGAUUUGAUAGAAUUACUGCUGAUUGUACGGGCAAUGUGAAUCGAAUUGAAUUUUCUGAACUUGGAAUUGGCAUGCGAGUUCGUGGGCAACAACGCCUCAGUAAGAGGCUAGCUUCAAUCAAAACUGCAGCCAAAGUUACUGCUGGCUUGAUCUCAACCGGUUGGCCUGCUGUAGGUAUGAAAUAUGAAAAGCCGUAG